AUGAUAUGUGACAGCUGCAGGUCUGACUUGCAAUCUAGUAAAGUACCCUGCUAUGCCUUGUGCAAUGGAUUAUGGUUGGGCAAUGUCUCACUUGAAUUGAAACACCUCACAUUCUAUGAGCGUAUGCUUGUGUCUCGAGUCCGACACUCUAAGUGUUUUGUCUGUGUGCAAAGGGGUGGGUCUAAUGGUAAUGGUCACAGUAAAUUGGUUUCAAAUGUCAUAGCUUUUGAGAAUCCUACACCCAAAAUAUAUGAUGUUCUUCCUCCACCACGAGUUGAUAUGGAAGAAGUUCUUGCUAUAAUGUUUUCUAGUUCUGGAACACCCACAGACGAUGAAUAUAAGCGUGCUUUACUACUUGUUUGA